AUGAAUCGUUUGGAGAAAAUAGAGCAAGAAUUGACAGGGUCCAACAAUGGGAUGUACAACUCGUACAUGAGUAAUGUUUAUUCUUAUGAAGACCAACCUAUUCCUAGAAGCAAAGACAUGGGACCAAUCAUGGGCAGUCGUGGGCUGGUACCACCAACCAGCCACGAACAUAGAGGCGGGUGUGUCCCAAUGUCGAAUCUCGUGCAGAGGAGACACAAGAAGAAUUCAAAGAGGAAAUAUCGUGAAAGCCUCCACUCAAUAGCUAAGGCAAAAGGAAAACCACACAUUCUGUCUCAACUCCUUGCCGUCUCCCUUCCUUCCUCGUUGACUUGCCGUUUACCGGGGGGGCUUUGCGCCGUUCACUCUGCAUUUUUCAAAGUUAUCCGCUAUUCUCGCUGCUUCAGGUCUCGUUGUUGUUCUGUAGCUUGGCAGAGAUACAAUUGA